AACGGUGCACCGUUAUAAUGACAGAUGCUUGUCAAAUUGGAAUUAAUUAGUUAUUAUUUGACUUUAAAAUGCUUCUAGACAACCAGAAGAUGGCUGCUAACAUCCAGUUUGAGAGAUGGACAGCCGACCAAGUUGCAGAAUGGUUACGAGGUCUGGAUAUGGAUGAUGCCAUGAUUCCAUACAUGCACUAUUUCCUCAACAGUGGAGUAGAUGGCAAGAAGUUGAUGUUAAUGACACAUGCUGAUUUGGAGAAAUUAAAUGUGACAAAGUUUGGUCACCAAGAACUCAUCCUUGAAGCUAUUGAUCUACUAAGAAACCUUAGAUAUGGAUACGAGACUGAGAAUUUACAAUCGUUAGCUCUUCAGUUGGGUUGUAAAGCUCGCAGUCUGAAUGGCGAUGUACGUGCCCGUACUGGCGAGAAUGACCGUAAUCGUGCUAACACAACACAUCAUUCUGGUGACAAUCAUAAACGUUUGUCAGUGGGGAUAUUGUCAUCUGUUGCUGAUCUUGUUGCUACAUUAAAGAGCUUGGUGGGCUGGAUGGAUAAGGCACCAUUUAGUGGUUUUCAUGAUCUUUGCCUGGUAAGAAACACUAUAGUGAAACUCGGACUUGACCUGAUCAACAUGUGUCAAAGGGAGGCAACCAUACCAGACAUAGAGUUAAACCUGACUACUACUACUAAAACAUUAUCAGACAUUUGUGAGAAGAUUGUGAUUGGUUCCCCAGAAAGUCACCUGGACCCCCUGUAUCUACAGCCAGCAUCACUGGAACAGGCAACCAUCAGGAAAAAGCAAGGAGAAGAACUGGGUAUGCACAUACAAUCAUCAUACUAUGGUGUCCAUGUGAUCAGUGGAAUAAAAGAUAUGUCACCAGCAGAUUUAUGUGGUAAAAUUGAGAAAGGAGAUGAGGUGAUACAGGUCAAUAGUCAAAUUGUGGCAGGGUGGUCACUGACAAAACUUGUCAGUCUGCUGAAAGAGAAUCCGAAGGAGGUCAUUUUAUUAUUGAAGAAGCGUCCACGUCAUAUUAGCCCUUACGGACAGAUGAAGAGGCCAAACAUGAUAAACAAACAUACAACAGAUUUCUCCACUCUACCUAAGUCAAUAAAGAAAAGAAGGUCACAGAAUGGCGAGGCCAAACAACUACGACCUUCUCUACAAGAGUUUGUCAACACAGUACCUAGUAAUGAAGAGACAGAGGAACUGGAUUCACCAAAAGAGACAAAUGAUGGUAACGAUACUGACAAUGAUGUUUUCCGCAGCGGUUCUGAAUCUCCACAAUUUACACAGUUCACUUUGCCGGUCCAGUCCGACCCAAAACAGCGGCGUGCCACAGUGAGCGGUGGUUCCCCCACACUUUCACGACCUUUGUUAGUGAUCGAGGACAUUGAUACACCUAGCAGACCAAAAUCCUUCACCAUUGCAACAGCAUCAGGAGUUAUGCCUCAUGAAAUCAUAAUUAACUCCCCUUCUGGAGACAAUCUGACAGACCUACAGAGAUUAACGUCUGCUGUAGAAAAGAGACAAGAUUAUAAGACAAAGUCUACCCCUCCUUCUCUAGAAUACAAACCAAAGAGCAACGCUCCAAAAUUGGAAUUUAGUGUUCUUAAGCCUACACCAAAAAUAGUGGAACCUAAAGACAGUGGUGAAAAGGUGGCAGAUAUAGUUGACAAUAAGGAGAUUGUGGGAAAUAAUGACACAGCUAAAGACAAUUCUGAAAAUGUUACUAAUCUUGAUGUUAGUGAAGAAGUAAAAGCAAAAGAAGAUUUAGAUAGUGGUGUUGAACCUUUAAGUGAUGACAUGACAUCAGAAAGUUUAUACGAGCGUACAAGUCAGUCGCCAGAAAGAUUGUUAGACAGUUCAACAGAUUCUGUUCCUCCUAGUGAAAGCUCUAUGGAGUCGUCACAAACAUGUACUUCAUCUUUGGAGAGUUCCAGUCACUCUCCACCAUUAGAGGAAAGUUCCCUACCCAGCAAAAGGAAAAUGUCUGUCUCGGAACUGUUUGUAGAGAGCUCUUUGCUAGAAUUGGUAAUGCAGAUUUAUAUAUUAUUAUUUCACUAUUUUAUCAGAUAUACAGAUAUUGAUAUUUGUCACCAUACUGCAGGUAAAAAGUAACUGGGGAUCAUUUUG